UGGCCCAAAAAAAGACCAAAAAAAAAGUGCAGUGUAAAAAACUUAAAAAAUUAUUAAACUUAUAAAUUCAAAAUUACCAUUUGUGAAAACAUUUUACAUCGGAGGAUUCUGGAUUUGGAUUAAUGCGAAAAUUUGCAAUUGAAUAUUAAGGUAACUAUGCCCGCUCAAGCAUUUCCCAACUGGGGUCAAAGUUAUCUCAUUCAUUUGGCGUGUUCGGAUUUCGGAUUUCUCGACAAGUUUUCUGGUUAAAUUUCUAUGCCAACAACGCUGGCAACAACGAUAACAACAAUAAUAAAAAACAAUUUAUUAUUAUUAAUAAAGUUAGCAGCGGAAGUGAUUAGAAAACCGGAAAUAAUCGCAACAAUUGUGAACGUAACGAGGACGACACACAAGAAAUUAACUAAACAAUUGCAAAAUUCCCUUUGGCUAAGGAUUUGCAGCGGCCGAAUUGCUUUUAUGCUCUGCUGGCAGCUACAAAAUUCCACAAAAUUCCAUUUUGGCAAUACGAAAACAAACAAAUCAAUUUGCAACAACAACAACAUCUAUAGAACAUUAGAAAAACAACAGGAAAAUCCAAAAAAAUUGGCAACAAUCAACGUAAACAACGACGACGUUGCCGUUGUCGCCAUUCUGGCGCCUUUCAUACAAAUUAUAACCUGAAAUUUAUAAAAUUCGAUACGGAUACGGAUCGGUAUAAGGAUAUAGACGAUAUAGACAAUAUAGACGGUGCAGCGACGGAGGACGAACAACUGCUGGCAAAAUGGAGCAGCAGCAGUUCUGCCUCAAGUGGAACAGUUAUUCGUCAAAUUUGGCAAUAACAUUCUCGAAUCUGUUCAAAUCGGAUCUGCUGGCCGAUGUCACAUUAUCCUGCGAUGGCGUAGUAUUCAAAGCACACAAACUUAUAUUGGCAGCCUGCUCGAAGAAGUUCGCCGAUCUGUUUGAGAACACACCCACAAAUGGACAGUGCGUCAUCAUACUGGAGGCGACCACGCCGGACAACAUGGCCGCUCUCCUUGAGUUCAUGUACAAAGGCGAGGUCCAUGUCUCCCAGGAGGCACUCAACAGUUUCCUCAAAUCCGCCGAGAGUUUGCAGGUCAAAGGUUUGUCCACAGAAACGGGACGUCUGGCGGCGCAGCAGGCACAACAACACAUGGGCGAUAUGUCGCCUUUAGACUCGCCAACGGGCAGGCGGAGCAUAAGAAACAGCCUGAGCGGUGGUAACAACAGUAUCGUUCCCGGUGGUAUCGGAAGCGGUCUGGGUGGUGGCGUUACGGGAGCAAACUCAAUACCGGGCAUGGGCAUUGGCAACGGAUUGAGUUUGGCCGGUAUGGCAGCUGCCGGAGGAAUGGCAGCGGCUGCCAGUGCGGCGGCCAGUGGUCUAAGUACCCUGGCAGCCAGUGCAAAUGUUGUAGACAGAUGCGGCAGUGCCGGUGGAAAUAUCAUCGGUGGAACAGCGGCUGGCAUUGGUGGCUCCCAUAAUAGUGGUGGAGCGGGUAAUGGCGGUGGAGUUGUGGGAAUUGGCGGCAAUGGUGUUGGUGGUAAUGGUGGUGCCGGCAACAAUGGACCCAUCAGCUUGGGAAGCGGCGCUGGCGCUGCUCAUCAUUUGGGUGGUUCCACUGGCAUCUUGAAACAAGAGUGCGACUCUCUGAUGCAUCCGGGUGGUAGCGGUUCCUCUUCGGGAAUGGGCUAUACCCAUGUACCGCCCAUCUACCGACCCAUUAACUACGAACCUCCGCGCAAGAGAGCCAUUGUCCGUAGUCCGUAUUCCGAGCAGGAGCAACGCGGUUCUGUGUUGCGAGAUGGCUCCAAGUCCUCCGAAUGUCCCAGCCCCAUCAAUAAGCCACCAUACCAUCGACCCUCGUCCAGUGCCUCUUCAACGGCGCCAACAGAAGCGGAUACCAUGCAUUCGGAACGGGCAUCGCCACAGUCCAGUCGUUACGAAAACCACAGUCCCAGCACCACAGCCGGUAAUGGAAACACUACCACCGGCCUGGAUCGCAUAGUGAAAUCGGAGCGUAACAAUGGCAGUGCAAAUGAGGCUAACGAUGACGACCGCGAGCUAAUGGAUGAGUCAACAGAUAAUGGUGCCGAGGAUCUGCGUGUUAAGCUGGAGAACUUGAAGUACUCACCGCCACCGCCGCCAAACUCGAACACCUCGUCGACCACACCGAAUGCCCUGCUGGAGAACUUAAAAGCCGAUGGAACGCUGUCCAGUAAUUUGGCUGCAUCGAUAGCACCGGCGGACAUGUUGAACGUAUGGAAUGCCACGAAAAUGAACAACAAGAACAGUGUGAAUACCGCCGAUGGCAAGAAGUUGAAGUGUCUGUACUGCGAUCGUUUAUAUGGCUAUGAGACGAAUCUAAGGGCCCAUAUACGACAGCGUCAUCAGGGUAUCCGAGUGCCAUGUCCAUUCUGUGAGAGGACUUUCACGCGAAACAAUACGGUACGACGACACAUUGCCAGGGAACAUAAACAGGAAAUUGGUUUGGCAGCGGGGGCAACCAUUGCACCGGCACAUUUGGCAGCAGCAGCAUCGGCAGCAGCGGCGGCAACAGCAGCGGCCAGCAAUCAUUCACCAUAGGAAGCAGCCGCAACAGCAGCGGCAUCAGUAGUCAUGAACGCCCACAAGGAGGCGGCAAAGCAGCGUAAACGUAAAUCACUCAAAAUGGCACUGGAGAAGUGCAUGCAGCGACGGGAUGCAAUGGUCGCGGAGACCACAACCACCACAACAACGACCACUGGGGCAGGUUGUAUAGAUGGGGGCGAAUCGGUAGAGGCAGUAAUUGAUGGGGCAGGAUCAGAAGAAGGAGUUGGUUCAGAGGGCGGCACUGAACCGCUCACCUAUGAACAGCAACAGCAGCGGAUGCACCGUGAGGUGACGCAACAAAUCCGCUUGGCAAUGGCAGCGGAACAGGCGGCCGAAGCCAUGGACUCGACCAUGAACACCACGGCGAACACUACAACCACAACAACCACAAAUACCACUGGAACGACCAGUGAUGGUUGUAGUGAUGCCGAGGCCAGUGAUGGCAGUGAUCGUCCCAUGGAAGUGGAUGAAGAUCAACCGCCAGAACCACAGCCAGGAUCUGAGCUCGUUGUGGUAGAGCCCAAGAUUGAGGUGUUAUCGGAAUCGGAAGAUGAGGACGAUCGUCUGCAUAUGUCCGAAGCUGAACCGGAUAUCCAAGCUGAAGCCAUUUAUGAUCAUAUGCCCAAUACGCCCACCAGCCCCCCACAUAUAAUACCGCCCAAUGAUACGCCCACUUUGACCUCAACGCCCAAGGUCAAUGUGGAGCAAUAGGAUGAGGAGAAACGAAAGGCCCCCAUCGGAUGCCCCCCAAAGAAGCUGCUUAGAUUUAGACUAAGAAUCGAUGAUGAUGAUGAUAGAAGAAGAGUUGAAGAAAAUUGAGUGAUUUACGAAAAAGGAAAAUGAUUUACGCGCGCAAAGAGAGAAGAUGAAAAAUGACUACUGAUGCAACUGCUGUUGCCCUCGGAGACCACCAACCAAAACAAAAGUCCUAACAACUAGGCAAAACAUUGAUUACUAUAAUAACAAACAAACAAAAAAAAAAAGAAAACAAAGAAUUACUAAUAAGAUUUACAACACAACAAACAUCAAAACAAAACAUUAACCAACAUGAUGAGGACAGAGACAGACGAACACACACGAACAUGGAAAGGCAAGAAAUUUGUUUGCCCCAACUUUUUGCAGAAAUUUUUAUUACAAAUUUGCGUUUAAAGUCAGUUACAUAAAAAUCCACAAAGCUAAUGCCACAGACUUCGAAACAAACAAACAAAAGCAACAAACAAACAAACAAACAAAUCCAAAUGGCAGUUAUCAAACAUAGAAAUAAAUAUGCAAUCCGGCUGAAAAAUCGUUUUCAGGGUGCUAUAAAUCAAAUACAAAAACUAAAAUUAAAACUUAAAACUAAAAACGAAAUAGUAAAAUGCAAAAAGUUUGAACGUUUUUGAUUGGUACCGCCCCGCAAAAAAAGUGUAGCAAAAAAAACACAUAUAUAACGUUGACAAUUUGUUUAAUUCGUGUGUGUUUAAAGAGGAGAAGAAGGAGGAGGAGUAGGAGGAAGAAGGAGGAAGGGGAGUUGAGGAGAUAUAUUUUUGAUUUCCUAUAGAAACAUCAUAGACAAAAACUGCAAGUUGCCUCAACAAAUCAAACGAAACGAUAAAGCUAAAGAAAUAUUAAAAACUGAAUUUAAAACUAGAAUGUGAAGAGAAAAACUAAGAUUAAAACAAAAACAACAACUAAAUAGCUGCAACAAACAAACUACAAAGCAACAAUAGCAACAACAAAACCGCAACCACAAGUACCUGCAAUAAUAAAAUAGUAUAAACAUAAAAAAAAAAAAAACAAAAUACAGAUUAGAAGUGAAACGCUGAUGAAACCUAGGUAGAAGCCAGGACUCUUGACGAAAAGGAAAAUGCCCUGGAAAACUCUACCAGCCACUACAGCCCCCUUUUGUCCAGGUUUUUGUAAAUAAUUUUAUUAAAUUAAUAAUACGAAAAGGCAAAAUUUUGGGGGCUUGUAAAGUUGUGUUGAGUCCACGAGGCUUUCUUUUCCAGGCAGAACUAAGGCUUGCCGUCAAGGUCCUGAGCUUGCUGACAGAGAAGGAUUUGCUUUUUAAACGAGUAACAAAUUUUUUUUCGUGAUUUUUCGUAUUGUUUUUCCGUUUUUUGAUUUUUUUCUUUCAAGUUUAGGCCUCAAAAUUUCAAACAAACUGCUUUUCGGCUCCAAAAAAACAAAAAAAUACAAACUGAAAAAGAUACAAAUUCAAAUUCAAUUCCGAAUUCAGAAGUUUCUAAAGAAGUAAAGAUGAGAAAACAAUUGGUAAAUUGGGUGCCUAUAAGAAAUAUAUAAUUAAAUGACUACUAGUAAAAUUUUUAUAAACAAAGAAAAUAUAUUUAACGAUGAGUAUGAUGAUGAUGAUGUAUGAGAAAAGCAAAAAUAGCAAAGAAAAAAAUAAGAAACGUAAAGUAAAUAUAAUUAUUUUUUAAUUGAAUAAUAAUUCUAGCCAAGUGUGAAACAUGUUAAUUAACAAGCGAAAAUAUUAAGCAAAAACCACUCAAAAACGUUCUCAAAAACUUGAAGGCAACAACAAAUGAAACAACAACAACAACAACAACAACAACAAUAAUUACAGCAAACCGAAAUUCAAAAUCAAAAAAAAACUUUUGGCACACCUUUGGAAAACAUUUUUCGUACAAAAGAAAUUUCAAACCCAAAAAAAAAUCCAACCAACAAAAAAUUCAAAAUUCAUUUUUUCGGCUCUUAUAAUUUCGAUAACUACAUCAAGGGAAAUCUAGAAAUUUCCCCCAAACAAAAAACAAAAUCCAGCUGUAAAAUACUAAAAAGAAAAUGAGAAACAAUUUUGUUGUAAGCGAAAGCGAAGAAAACUAGAAUGGAAAUCUAAGGAAAAUGCAAUUGAAAAAUAUUGAGAAAACCAGCCAAGGCAAAAAGAGUCUUGGUUUUGUAAAUACAUUUAUUAUUACCACAUAUAGCAUAUAUAUCUAUAUAUAUAUAUAUGUGGCCUCAGUUGUGUAAUGAUAAAACCUAGAUCUAUAUUAUUAUAUAAACUGUAAACAUAAACUAACUAAGCGCAUAUGUAGGAACACGAUUAGGCUCGCCAGCAGAGAGAAUGAAGAACCCAACUGAAUUUUCAUGUUUUCUAUGUUCUAUGUUUUUUCCGUUAUGCAAGGCAAUAGAAUGAUAGCAAAGGGUCAACCACAAAAACCAAUAGUACCGUAAUAGCCAAAAUGUUGAAUAUAUAAAACUACUUUUAUUAACUGUUAAAACACACAACAACAACAACAACAACAACAACAACAACACACACACACACACGAAAGCCGAGUUAGGUUUUUUAAACAUAAAAGUAACACACAACACCACACCCCCCAGAAACCCCCCCAGUUUGUUCUGUGAUAUCGUUUUGAAGUUGCAAACGAAUACAGCGUUUAAUUUUCAUUUAGUUUUUCGUUUUAUAAAUAAUUUUUAUUUCAAUCAGAAAGAAAAGCAAGAAAAGGGAAAAUCGACAACUCGAAUUUUAUUUACCAUUCGUGUUGAGUAGGAAAAAUAGCAACAGCAAUAGCAAUAUUUGAAAACCAUUAAAGUCUGGCAAUAUUUAAACCAAACUACCUCUUCACAUCCAUGCAGAUUAACCUCUGGUUAGCCACAGUACCUUUGGCUUUUCGUAAACCGACCCACCCAUCAACGUUCGCUGGAGUCUGAAUUACAUUUUAUUUUUAAGUACGUUGAUGGGGGGGAAGGAUCAUACGAAAGCCAGAGACUUGAGGCCCAGGUGGACAAGCCAUCAUACAUGUCAGUAAUUCAAUCCGUCAGUCAGUGAAUCAAUCAAACACAAUCUAAUAUAAUAUAUAUAUUUAGUAAUCAGGGGUUAUUAACCAUAGCCAGUUACUUUUAGUUUAUGUUAACUUAGUUCUUAGUUUCGGUAUUCGUUUUAAUCAAACUCAGGAACUCAUAUACCUCAGGAAAGAACCUACCUCUUUUGUUUUUUUUAUAAUUAAAAACUUGUUUUUCAAACUAUAUAUACUACCUAUAUAUAUGUUAGUAAUCAGGGGUUAGUUAUUCUAAUUAACCAUAUUUUAAUUGAUAUAUCUUAAGUUAAUUUAAGUUUAUGUUACCUUAGUUCUUAGCUUCGGUAUUCGUUUUACAAAUUUUUUAGAGUCUAAUCAAACUCAGGAACUCAUAUACCUCAGGGAAGAACCUUUAAAACUUGUUUUUUAUUAUUAAUUAUUAUUUCAAUUAAUAAUGUUUUGUUUUGCAUGGGACAAACAGAUAAACAAACAAACAAACAAACAGAUAAACAAACAAACAAAAUGGAAGCGAGAGAGAAGAGAAACACAAAUGAGAAAUGUUUUUUGUUGUAAUCGAAGAUGCUAUCAAGGAAAGCUUUAGUUCUUAGUUCGAUUAUCGGUUAGUUAGUUAGUGGCUA